CCCCCCCCCCCCCACACCCCCGCCCCCACCCCCACCCCCACCCACACGCACACCCACAGCAACACCCACACACCCACACCCACCCACACGCACACUCACAGCAACACCCACACACCCACACGCACACCCAUCCUGAUACUUCUAGAAUCGGACAAGACAGAACAUUAAGAAUGCUUUGCUUGCACUCGAAAAGAAGAUCAGAUGAUGUUAAAUGACGACAUUUAUGAAGAUAUGAAGUAGAAACAGGAUAUGACAAAGAAAAAGCUGGGAAAAAACCAGAGCAAAUAUUAUUUCUUCAUUGAUUUACACAAUGAAUCACUUGCGUUCUAUAAAAACUAUUUUUUGAAGUUUAUUUUCAUAUACAUGAUAGAUUCAAACAGUUGAUUAUAGUUAUUAUAACUUUGCUUAAGAUCGUAGAGAGUUCAUUAUGUCCGAUAACGUUAAAGUAACAGAGUGGGUAGCAAAUCUUCAUUGUUUUAGUGAAGCAGAACCGGGAGAUCUGAUCGAAUUCAAUCGGGGUCGUUAUAGUCAUUGGGCGGUUUACAUUGGUAAAUGAAUUUUUUUCGUGUUUGUUUUAUUUGUAAAAGUUCGAUUUAGGCGACCGACAAGUCAUUCAUCGAUGGGGUGAAAAUGAUGGAGUCGGGAAAUCAAUAGGUGUAAUGGGAAAUAUAAAGACAAUUUUUGGAGUCAAUUUUGAUAAAGCCACAAUACUUCAAUCACAUAUAUCUGAUGUACUUAAACAUGGUGGCAAAGUUCGAGUUAACAACUACCGUGAUGCAAUAUGGGAGCCACAGCCUGUAACAAUCAUUGUUCAAAGUAGUCGACUUUGUAUCGGUCAAGAAGGUUACAAUUUGAUAUACAAUAACUGUGAACAUUUUGCUACCAAUUGUCGUUAUGGCGAACCAUAUUCUCGACAAGUGCGAACAGUGGCAAGAUCUAUCGCAGCUGGAUUAGUCAUCGCAUCAUUGCUUGGUGCUGCUGCUUACGGCUUCAAUCGUGCACUGAAAAGUGAAGAAAUAGAGGAAGAGGAAGAAAAAGAAACAAAAGAGAAAAAGAAGCCAACGUAA